CUGCAAGUCAGGCGCAUUUUUCACACUUCUAUCCGUGGUGUUCUAAAUAAUUUUAACACAUGCGUAUAAAGAGGUGCGACCGAAAUUUCGAAAUUUGGGUUCUGUGAUGCAGGCUGAGAUUUCUGGUGGAAAGGCUGAAUUGAUAACUCAACUAGACAUCGUUUUUCAGUCGAAUUAACUCAAGUUAUUUGUGCUUUGUGACAGUGAUCAUGAAUUUGGAGGAAUAUCGUAAACAUGGUAAGGAAAUGGUGGAUUACAUCGCCGACUACCUUGAAAAUAUUCGGUCACGGAGAGUUUAUCCGGAUGUGUCUCCUGGAUAUCUGAGAAAUAUGUUACCAACAUCAGCUCCUACAGAAGGUGAAUCUUGGGAGGCAAUUUUUAAUGACAUCGAAAAAUGCAUAAUGCCCGGUGUUACACACUGGCAAAGUCCUCAUAUGCAUGCAUAUUUUCCAGCGCUAAAUUCACCAGCAAGUCUCUUGGCAGACAUGUUGGCUGAUGCUAUCAAUUGUUUAGGAUUCACAUGGGCUUCAAGUCCAGCUUGUACAGAAUUAGAAACGAUUGUGAUGAAUUGGUUGGGAAAGAUGAUCGGACUUCCUGACGAUUUUCUCCAUCAUCCAGGAAGUUCAGGAGGUGGUGUUAUUCAAACAACAGCUAGUGAAGCUACUUUGGUCUGUCUUUUGGCUGCUCGAACAAGGGCUAUUAAAGACAUCCAACAUAAUGAACCUGAUCUAUCGACUGCUACAAUCAACUCCAGACUUGUUGCUUAUUGUUCAGAUCAGGCCCACUCUAGUGUCGAGAAAGCUGCACUUAUAUCUAUAGUUCGCAUGAGGUAUAUCGAUUCUGAUGAUCAACUUCGUAUGAGAGGUCAAAUGCUUAUGGAGGCUUUGGAUAAAGAUCGUGAAGAAGGUCUUGUUCCCUUCUUUGUGUGUGCUACGCUGGGUACUACUGGGGCAUGCGCUUUUGAUAAUCUUAAAGAGAUUGGUCCAAUUUGUAAAAAUAAUGGUCUAUGGUUACACAUAGAUGCAGCUUAUGCUGGAAGCGCUUUUCUCUGCCCCGAAUUUCGGUUCUGGUUGGAAGGAAUAGAAAACGCAGAAUCAUUUGCAUUUAAUCCAAGUAAAUGGUUGAUGGUUCAUUUUGACUGUACAGCUAUGUGGGUGAAAAGUAGUCAAGCUCUUCACAGGACUUUUAAUGUUGAACCUCUUUACUUGAAACACGAAAAUUCAGGACUUGCAAUCGAUUAUAUGCAUUGGCAAAUUCCUUUAUCAAAAAGAUUUCGAGCUCUGAAGCUUUGGUUCGUUAUUCGAAAUUACGGAAUUUCUGGUUUGCAGAAACACAUAAGAGUGGGAGUCAGGUUAGCGCAGAAAUUUGAAGCUCUAGUUUUGGCCGAUUCUCGAUUUGAAAUUCCUGCUGAGAGGCACUUAGGAAUGGUUGUAUUUCGCCUUCAAGGUGAAAAUUCAUGGACAGAACGGCUUCUUAAAAGAAUGAAUGCAAAAGGUCGUGUUCAUUGCGUACCGGCUGCUCUUCAUGGGAAGUAUGUAAUCAGAUUCACCGUAACGUCGACCAACACCACUAAUGACGAUAUACUUAAAGAUUGGACGGAAAUUCGAAGCACCGCUAACGAGAUUUUAACCGGAGUGACUGGUUUGCCGACACGAACAAAAAUGCCUCUUGGUGAAACUCGUGAAAAAAAUGACGAUUUUGGUUCGAGUCUGUUGCUGGCAAAUUCCCCCAUGUCACCAAAAAUUGUGAACGGAAGCUUUGCCGCUAUUCAUGAUGAAUCUGACAUUUUCAACGAAUGCGUGAAAAAUAUUGGAAGAUUGAGACUCGAGGCUCAUGAUAAUUCGGCUAUACGGAGUCGUAUUCGAGGUAUAUUAAUGUCUGGAAAACGGUUCUCACUUGAUUCCCGAAUGGAUCUUGUUCAGGGAUACGCAUCUUGUAAUCCGUCUUUAAUAGGACCUUGCACAAACCUUGCACUAAUGAAGGAAGAUGAAGAUUUCAGUGAGUCCAAUUUCGAAACAGAUCAAUCAGAAUCUUCAUUUGGAUAUUCAUUUGCGAGUCUUUCGGCUUGUUUAGGUUCUAAUGAUUCUUUGGUCGAAUCAAAGGAAGGAUCCCAGAAAAUCUCGAGUGAUUAUGUGACCUUGGCCAGUAAUGGAUCGAUUGAAAGGAAUAUUUUUGCAGAAUGCGAGGGAAAGGAGGACAGUUUAAAUAAUUUGGCAGCGAAAGGGGCUAUUUGUAAAAGUGAAAGUAUCGCCGGAAUCAGCGACAUUUCCAUUGAAGAGAAUAGCAAUUUGUUGCGGAUGGUCAAAGAUGCAUCAAUGGAGAACCUACAGCUAUGCCGACAAUGUGGACAUUACACUCAGCAGCAGUAAAACAACUAUAUUUUCAUCAGAAAAUUAAAUAAAAA